UUUCAAAGUUUAGGAUAAAAUUGAUAAAAUUAGUAAAGUCACAAGCUCAAAGAUGCAAAGAUUAAACCCUUAUACCAGUUGUUGGAUUCAUUGCAAAAAUCAAGCUCGAUUGUUUGAUUAUACACACAUGAAAACCCAAUUAGUCUUGUUAGUGAUUCCAAUGCCGAUUGUUACCAACCAUGAGCGGCCGGAAAGGCGUCCGAGCUCCGGCGGUAUUCUCGCCGCCGGAAGCUUGGAGGGCUAUAUCUACUGCAUACAGGUGAACAAAGUCCGUUAAUUUAAUUUCAGCCACUUAACGCUGCUUCUCCAUGCUCUCUAUCUGUUCGAUGAAAUGCCUGAAUGACGAUUGUGUUAAUAAUGCCUGUGUCCAUAUGAUCUGAAUGUCGAUUAACUUGGAUUGUUGGUUGCAUUGCGGUGUUGAAUUGUUAUGUUAAUUAGUCUAUGUUUUUCUGUACAAGUUCAAUUCAGUGUCUGCUCUACAAAUUAGUAUAACUAUUGUGUUUCAAUGUCUCACAUGUUUUCGGAAUGUGGAUGAAUUUGAUUUUGUUGCUUGUUCUUUGUUAUCUUCUUAGCUCAAUGAAGUUUGGAAUUACUGUGAAAUAAAAUAUGAUGAUCUUUAUCAAGUAGGGAGUGUGUCAGUGCUUAUUUUCAGCUGCAAAGGAAGACAUAAGUAAAGCAGUUUAUGUUGGAUUUUUUGUGCGGAAGUUGUAGUUUUAGUAGUAGAAGAGUUUGCCGUAAAUAAUAGUAAAAGAAGUAUGCCACACAGCUACAGAUAACUAAUACAGUAAACAAGAUGAUUAAGAUAUUUGCGAGAUUGUUACUCGAACAAAUAUGGAACUUCCAAGUGUAAGUAGAAAAACAGAACAAUCAUGGAUUCCUAUGAAGACCUUUGGGGAACAUAAUGUAAAUCUUUUUCUUGGUCUGGUGUAUUCUAAAAGUAGCGGACGCAAACAAAUUCAUUAUGGGGAUAUUGUUCGAAGUUCAUAUAUAAGCGUAUAUAUUUUUCUUGAUCAAGUAUAGAUAUUUUGAAAAAAGGAUUAUUUUGUUUGGGGAAGAGGGGGGGGGGGGCUUCCGCCCUCCUCAGCACCUCUGGUAUAUUAUUUCAAGCAAUCCAACAGAAUUUAUGGAAUCCAUCCCAUACCUUGUUUUUUUGGAGAACAAUCAUCUGGACCUCUAUUUUAGUUGGGAACCACACUCAAGAAUAUAAAUUUUACCAACAGUUGAGAAUGAAAAACUAAUUGUAAUAAUCAACCAUAACUCACAUUUUACUAACUAAAAAAAAGUUGAUAGUGGUAGAGAUAUGGUACACCACAGGUUGGUAUAUAGAACAAAAGAUAGGAAAAGCAAACAAAAAAAUGUACCAGCACACAGCUUCUCUUUCGUUAAAAUGUGUGAUUCUUUUCACAUUUACAAAAUUACUUCCAUAUUGGCCCAUGGUGCUAUGAAAACAAGGUUCGGAAAUCUGCUGGGUUAGAAUACUGUGCACUCAACAAUCUUAAUCUGUUUUGUAGUUAAUGAUAGUGUCAUAGAAAAUGUAAUGGAUACAACAAUGGGCUGAAACUGGCCCAAAUCAUUGAUUAUCAAAGCAAUCAAAUACAUGCAUAUUUUCUUCAGCUACAUUAUAAAUUUGUGUUAUAUGUUGCCUAAUCUAAUAUAUUUAGAAUUAGUAAGGUGAUUACUUCUCAUUGUUCAAGAUUGCUAUGACUUAUUAUUGUUUUGUGUGAAAGUACUCUGCCUCAUUCAUGAGUAGUCGUAUUAGUCGACUCUAAAAUAAUGUAAUCCGUAUUAUUACUAAUAUUUUCUCAGACGCUCUGCCUGUUGUAGAUCAUCCAACUAAUAACUGGUUUUUGGUAUCAAUGUAAAAAUUCUUAUGUUCUUUAAUCAAAUACACGUGCGAUAAGUUUAUUACAGGAAUACAAUAAUAAGAACAUAUUAAUAGUAGAUUACAAAGGUGGCCAAGUGGCUUCUGAGCAGCCACACGUUAACUUAUUCCGAAAUAGAAUAGUGGAAAAUAGCAUUAAUCACACCUUACUUAUAAGUUAUAACGCUUGCUCAAAUGCUUUCAUACGUAACAUCUAUCCUCACACGUCACAAGACCUUUAUGGCACCUACACUCACCAUCACUGACCCUACAAUCAUAUACGUGUAAAGGAGUUUGUAUCUUUUAGCAAGUCAACUUUGAUUGUAAGGGAUUAUUACAAAACAAAAGAUUAAAAAAGCCAGGUGGCUGUUAAGCGAUACCACUGGCCACUUAUUCCAGUCCAAUCGACCUUACUCCAUGUUACAAAAAUGAUUAUUACAAAACAAAAAGACUAAGAGAGCAAGGUGGCUGCUAAGCAAUACACACAGGACAAAAAGCGACAGCAGGAUCAUUUAAUUUUAUAACGCAUGCGCACUAGUUUGCAUGCCCAGCGCCUAUAUAAGAAACACAGGUUAGUCCAUUGCUUAUGCUUCUUCAGAGUAAAUGUUACUGUAAAUCUAGAGGGCUGAAACAUCUCAGAGAACAAGCGUAUUUUCUAAGGAUUUGGAGGCCACAGCAUCCGUUUUUGUGCAGUCUUCGCCAAGAAUUAUAUUCUUGAAGGUCAGUAUUCUCUGUUCUCAGUCAAGCUUCCCCAGUUGCCUUAAACAUGAAUUCAGAUCGGACAUCCAACAACUGCUUCUGGACGAUGGGAGUGGAUGAUGCUGCAUCAAAUGAUGCAAGCACAUCUUUGAAUUGGACAAGGGAGGAGGACAAGGCAUUUGAGAUUGCUCUCUUUACCCACUAUAAUCAUGCUGAUAUGUGGGGUAAGAUCGCAUUGGCAGUUCCUGGGAAAACAGUUCAAGAUCUAAAACUUCACUAUGAAGCCUUAAGUUUGAUGGCUUUUGAGUCUGGUAAGAUGCCUCUGUCCGUUUAUUCGACAAAAGGCGAUGUUCUAGAAGAGAAGAAGCUGAAGCCAGAGCAAGCUACACGAGGGGCCCGUUGGACAGAAGAGGAACACAGUCAAUUUCUAGAUGGUUUGGAGAAGUAUGGUAAGGGUUCUUGGAAGGACAUUUCGGAAAAUUUCGUGCAUACUAGAUCAAGUACCCAAGUUGCAAGCCAUGCUCAAAAGUACUACAGAAGGCAGAGUUCGACUAAGAAAGAGGGUAAACGGCUCAGUAUUUAUGAUAUCACAACUCUGAAACCCAAGAAAUUGUUACCCUUCGAGAAGGCAACGGCAACCUGCAUGCCUGAAUGCUGCAAGGGAGAGUCUUCUACAGCUGGAACCGAAGAAUUACUUCCUGGAAAUCCUGAGAAAGCAGCAGCGCACACUGGAACCCAACUGCUGCCUAGAUCCGCCAUGGGAGCUUCAGGUAAUCCUUCCGGGAAGCGCGGGCGCCCUAAGAAUGCUUCGAGUACUGAUGGAAACAAGCCAAUGCUGGGGGGAAGGUAUCCACAGAAAAAGAAAGCUCUUGCAUGUAACGGGAGCCAAUUGCUGAUUGGGCCAAAGAAAGCUCCAUCUGAUGCUGGGAAGCUAUUGCUGUCUGGGUGCCCUAACGAAACUCCCAAGGAUAUCGGGUAUCACCUGCUGUCUGGAUACCCUAAUCAACUGGGCCCCCCAUCUGGUUCACUCAAGAUAGUAGGCCACCCGACUCCAUCCGGGACGGUUGGGCGUAGAAGAGGUCCACCAGUGCAAGACAUUGACGUGAUUGCUGAUUGUCUACUCGAUAUUGGUUCUGACACCGAAUCUCUAGAUGAUUUGGAUCUGACUUUGUUCCCUCAUUUUCUGGAUUGAAAUGCUUGUGAGGAAGUGUAAUAAAUUUUCCAAAAUACUAUUUCCAUGACUAAUGCCUACAAUGUUUUACUUCUUUGAUAAAGUUAAUGUAUUUGGUUAUAACUC